CGUCAUUCAUAAUGAUACCGCCAGAACGGCGCCGUUCCUAUAUGACUAGAGAGCCACCAAUCAUUUACCCUUUAGGCAUCGUUGUUUCGUCCUCUUACAAAAUCGCUUCAGAAAAUCUGCCCCAUCGUCCCUCCAUUCUCUCCCACUCUCUCAAAACAUCUCUGAGAAAAGAAAAAGGGAAGAACGCCCAAAUUUCCCGAACCCUAAAAUUUACAAAAUCAUCAGAAAUCCAUCGCACAAUUUCAAUUAGCCACCCAAACUCCAAUCCCCCUUUGCAAUUCCGACCUCCUCCCUCGCCGCCGUCCUGCAACCUUGACCCCCCCCGCCGCCGCCAUCGUUUCCGACGUCUUUUCCCCCCCCUUCUCUUGCCGGUUAGUUUCACUCUCCCGUUUCCCUGACUAUCUAUUGUUAUUUCGUUUUCUUUGCUUUUCUCCUGUCAAUAUUCUUUUCGUCACAACUCUGUAACUGAAGAGGAAGAAUCCCGAUUUCGGGUUUUCUCCGUCGCGAUUGUAUCUAGGGUUUUUUCCGCCGAUUCAAUUUCAUCAAUUGCCUUGCUUUCAAACGGACUGAUGAAUCAUGUGUGUAGUUUUUCUCAGUUAUGCCGAAGCUGAUUGUGAUAUGUCAGUCGGGAGGGAAGUUCGUCGCGGCGGGGAACGGCGUCCUGUCGUACUCCGGCGGAGAAGCACAUGCGCUGAGCAUCAGCCGGGAGAGCAAGUUCGACGAACUGAAGGCGGAGAUGGCCGAGAUGUGGAAGUACGAUCCCAACUCCGUCAUCGUCAAGUACUUCGUCCCAAACAACAACCGGACGCUCAUCACCGUCUCCUCUGACAAGGACUUGCAGCGGCUGCUGGAUUUCCAUGAGGAUUCCGGCACCGUCGACGUCUACGUCCUUGCCAAUGAGGAAGCUGCCGCCACUGAGACUGCUCUUACCACAACGUCCACAGGUAAGUCUGCCAAGGCAAAUGCAUCGAGAGCCCGAGCUGCAGCUGCAAGACGUAAGCGAAUGAGUGAGGAAGCUGCAGCAGGCAGAGAGCAAGAGCAGCAGGUAGCAACCGCAGAGCUCGGUCAGGUACAAGCUAUGAACGGAGGAGAGGAAGCAACCAUGACUGAAGCACCUGGUAGCCCGCUGAACAUCACUCCGGUAGCAAGCAUCAUCACGGAUGGUACCCCGGCACCACAGCUGCAGAUGAGGACUAGCACGCCCUGUGCUCUUGAUGUGAUCGGAGAGCAGAAGCUUCAGAAAGUGUGGGAGAAUUGCAUCACUGGCCUCCACCAGCAGUUCAAUCACGUUGGCGAAGUACGUGAGGCUCUUCGCCGUUACUCCCUCGCUCAAGGGUUCACCAUCAAGUUCAAGCACAACGAUUCCAGGCGAGUGAGCGCAAAGUGCAAGGCCGAAGGCUGCACGUGGAGGAUUUACGCCUCCAAGCUGUCCACCACUCAGUUCUUCCGAACCAAGAAGUUCAUCGACACCCACACCUGUGGCGUGGGCACCGACUCCGCAGCACGUCCUCAUGCAUCCAGAAAACUGGUCGCGACCAUUGUAAAAGAGAAGCUACUUAGCACGCCCAACUUCAAACCUAAGGAAAUCGCCGAAGAGAUACAGAAGGAAUUCGGGAUUGAGCUGAGAUACUCCCAAGCUUGGAGAGGAAUGGAAGCUGCAAGACAGGAGCUACAAGGCUCGUAUAAAGAAUCAUACAAUCUUCUCCCAUGGCUGCGCGAGAAGCUAUUGGAGACCAAUCCAGGUAGCGUGGUCUCCCUCAGCACCUCCGACGACCUGACAUUCCGCCGCUUCUUUGUCGCCAUGCACUCUUCCAUAUUCGGGUUCGAGAAUGGCUGCCGUCCUCUUCUUUUUCUCGACGAGAUGUCGGUGAGGUCUAAACACCAAUCGGAGCUGCUGACUGCAACGGCAAUCGAUGGGAAUGAUGGAAUAUUCCCAGUGGCAUUUGCCGUGGUGGACACCAUCAACGAGGAGAGCUGGUACUGGUUUCUCGAGCAGCUCAAGUCUUCUCUGUCCAUCUCACAGUCCAUCACCUUUGUCUCGGAUCGACAGAUGGGAUUGAGACAAUCUAUCGCCAUGCUCUUCCAAAACUCCUACCACGGCUUCUGCGUCCGACGCCUUUCGGACGAGCUGCUGAAAGAUCUCAGGGGACCGUACACUCAAGAAGUCGUCGACGUCCUCGUUGCCCACAUGUACGAUGCAGCCAGAGCAUCGACCAGGGAAGGUUUCUUGAAAUCUAUGGACAGCAUCAAGAGUAUCUCCCCUGAAGCUUGGGAGUGGAUAAUGCAGAGUGAGCCGGAGCACUGGGCCAACCACAUGUUUGUGGGAUCCCGCUACAACCACAUCUCGUCAGGAAUCGCGGAGUCGUUCUACAGCUGGGUUCCUGAGAUUCAAAUGCCGGUCGUCCAGUUCCUGGACACGAUUCGGCAGAAGAUCAUGGAGCUCAUCUACACCAGAAAGGUGGAGUCCGAGCAGUGGGUUUCUCGAGUGACCCCAAUCCUGGAAGAGAAGCUCCAGAAGGAAAUCAUGAAGGCGCAGGCGCUGCAGGUAUUCGCGUCCCAGACGGCGGAGAACACGUUCGAGGUGAGGGACUACUUCGGAACGGUGAACCACACGGUGAACGUCGAGUCGUGGAGCUGUUCCUGCAGGGACUGGAGGCACAAUGGGUACCCGUGCUCGCACGCCGUGGCUGUGCUUCAGGGGAUAGGAAGGGAUCCGUACGACUACUGUGCCAAGUACUACUCGACGGAGGCUUUCCGGGUGACGUACAGGGAACCCAUCAACCCGGUUGCCACCGCCGAUCGUCCUAUUCACGGAUCGUUGGUGCCGAUACUGGUGCAGCCGCCUGCACUGCGCAAGCUUUCGGGACCGCCGAAGCAGCGGAGGAUCAGGAAUAAAGGGGUGAUCAAACGACCGUUGCACUGCAGCAAGUGCAAAGGAGCAGGACACAACAGAGCUACUUGCCAUGUUUUCUCUUAGUAAAUGGUGGUUUAUAGAUUGGUAAUCAGAUUAGAUGUCUUCUUAGGCCUAAUUUAUGGUGAUCUUCCUAGGAGAUAGUGCAGUAGUUAAGUUUCCAUUAAAAUGUUUUGUGAGGUGAGGGCAGGACAGAAAGGGAAACCCAUUGGAAUAGGUUUAGGCUUUUGUCAGAUGCGCUUCAAAUUGUUUUUUUUUUUGGGUGGGGUAGUAAUAGUUGUAUGAGUCUGUCUAUUCAGUCUUUUUUUCUGUAACCUUUUGGUUCUAAGUUUCCUCUCUUUUCUGUCCUGUAGGUUGAUUUCUUCAGGUAAUGUUAAUGGACAAAUUUGGGGUUUUCCCAAAUUUGGGUUUACUUUACUGCUACGGUG